AUGGGGCCAUCUCGGCGAAAAAGAUCCCGCAGGUGUCCGGACAGCAGCCUUGUCACCGGCGGGAGAUUCAGUACCCAAACGCCAUCGGUGUUCCUGUCUAGGAGGACAAGAAGGCCCUGCGAGGUACUACACAUGAAGGGUGUGCGGCCGUCCACCCCUCGGAUUGCCAUCUGGAUGCUUUCGCAAGUGGAGAAAUUCAGGAAGCGGCCUUACUGGCGUGCGUGGAUCAUGGUCCAGCGAUACGGGUGGAACCGGCGGUCCAGGGCGUCGCCGUGCAGGUCCGCGGUGCAUCGCCGCCACGCGCUGCAGGCGGCCGGCGCGGAAGCGUAUGUAGUCGGCGAGCACGCGCUCCGGGAUCACCGUCGCCGGCCCGCACGCCAGGCUCGCCCAGUUCCUCCGGCGCGUGGCCACAAACUCCGUCGAGCCAGGCACGAUUAUAACAGAGAUACAGAUGAGAGGAUUGCACUUAGGCGGAUCGAGAUCUUACCAGCUAGAGUGGCCGGAGCCUCCUCGCCGUCCAGCGAAGGAGCUUCCACGGCGGUGCUGCAUGGCUCGGACGGAUCCACUGCCAAGGCGCGCGAUUACGGCGGGACCAACGGCACCGUCUCCGGCACCGCCAGGUCCACCUCCAUCGAGACCACUGUGGAGAGGAUCAUCUUCGAUUUCCGGUUUCUGGCUCUUCUCGCGGUCGCCGGGUCGCUGGCCGGCUCCCUCCUCUGCUUCCUUAAUGGUUGUGUGUACAUAAAAGAGGCGUACAUUUGCUACUGGACGAGCUGCGUCAAAGGUGUUCAUACAGGGCAGAUGGUCCUCAAAGUCGUCGAGGCCAUUGAUGUGUAUCUUGCUGGCACAGUCAUGCUCAUCUUUGGCAUGGGUUUGUACGGGCUGUUCAUCAGCAACGCGUCUAACGAUUUACCUUCUGGAUCGGAUCGGGCUCUUCAGGGAUCAUCACUCUUUGGAAUGUUCGCUCUCAAGGAGAGACCCAAGUGGAUGAAGAUCACCUCCCUGGACGAGCUCAAGACGAAAGUCGGGCACGUCAUCGUCAUGAUCCUGCUGGUGAAAAUGUUCGAGAGGAGCAAGAUGGUGAAGAUCACGACGGGGCUGGACCUGCUCAGCUACUCCGUCUGCAUCUUCCUCUCCUCGGCGUCCCUCUACAUCCUGCACAACCUCCAUCGGCCCGAGCACGAGGAGUCGGUCAUGCCCAACUUGUAGCCGAACCUCAUGGCUCGGUCGGGAGCUGGAAUCUGAAGCCAUAGCCUCGUAGUAUGUAUGCAGGUUGAUAUCUGACCGAGGCAU